UUCUUCAGAAAUAAAUAACCUUCUUAGGCAGAAGAUUUUUCCCUCACACGCUCCGCACAUUUUACUGUCGGUCGAAGUGCUCUCUUCACUCGAUCGGAUCUCGAAUUCAGCUGCUGCUUUUUGUAAAUCCGAAGCAAACAUGAGGGAAAUCUUGCACGUCCAGGGCGGUCAAUGCGGCAACCAGAUUGGAUCGAAGUUCUGGGAGGUAAUCUGCGACGAACACGGCAUCGAUCCAACAGGACGCUACAUCGGAACUUCAGAUUUGCAAUUGGAGCGUGUCAAUGUGUACUACAACGAGGCCUCUUGCGGCCGAUACGUCCCCCGAGCAGUGCUCAUGGAUCUCGAGCCUGGAACAAUGGACAGUGUCCGCACCGGCCCAUACGGCCAGAUCUUCAGGCCCGACAAUUUCGUUUUCGGCCAAUCCGGCGCCGGAAACAACUGGGCAAAGGGUCAUUACACUGAGGGCGCUGAGCUGAUCGACGCAGUCCUCGAUGUUGUCCGGAAGGAGGCCGAGAAUUGCGACUGUCUUCAGGGCUUCCAGGUGUGCCACUCUCUCGGUGGAGGAACUGGAUCUGGAAUGGGAACCUUGUUGAUCUCAAAGAUCCGCGAAGAAUAUCCCGAUCGGAUGAUGUUAACAUUUUCUGUGUUCCCUUCCCCGAAGGUCUCGGAUACGGUGGUUGAGCCGUACAAUGCCACUCUUGCUGUUCAUCAGCUCGUCGAAAACGCCGACGAAUGCAUGGUGCUUGAUAAUGAAGCUUUGUAUGAUAUCUGCUUCAGGACGCUCAAACUCACCACCCCUAGCUUCGGCGAUCUGAACCAUUUGAUCUCCGCAACCAUGAGCGGAGUCACGUGCUGCCUCCGUUUCCCGGGACAGCUCAAUUCCGACCUCCGGAAGCUCGCCGUGAACCUGAUCCCGUUCCCGCGCCUCCACUUCUUCAUGGUCGGGUUCGCCCCGCUGACCUCCCGCGGCUCGCAGCACUACCGCGCCCUCACCGUCCCGGAGCUGACCCAGCAGAUGUGGGACGCGAAGAACAUGAUGUGCGCUGCCGACCCGCGCCAUGGCCGCUACCUCACGGCCUCCGCCAUGUUCCGCGGCAAGAUGAGCACCAAGGAGGUCGACGAGCAGAUGAUCAACGUCCAGAACAAGAACUCGUCCUACUUCGUCGAGUGGAUCCCCAACAAUGUGAAGUCGAGCGUGUGCGACAUCCCGCCGCGCGGCCUCUCCAUGGCGUCGACGUUCAUCGGGAACUCGACGUCGAUCCAGGAAAUGUUCCGGCGCGUCAGCGAACAGUUCACCGCCAUGUUCCGGCGCAAGGCUUUCCUGCAUUGGUACACGGGCGAGGGCAUGGACGAGAUGGAGUUCACCGAGGCCGAGAGCAACAUGAAUGACCUCGUCUCCGAGUACCAGCAGUACCAGGAUGCCACCGCUGACGACGACGCCGAGUACUCCGUCGAGGACGACGAGGAAGAGGACGGCGCUUACGCCCCGUAAGUAUCGUACGUACGUAUCUGUCUCUCUCUCUUUUUCGAGUAUGUUCCGUAUCGUAUUAUUUUCUUGGUUCGAUUUUCGGGAUGGGAUGUGGGUUGCUUAUUAUUAUCGUCCGUCUUCCGCGGAUUAGUCGUCGCCGGUGCCGGCAUUGCUCCGGCGCCGGUAUCGAUUUAUGAUAUAUAUAUAUAUGGGGCUAGUAUUGUUGUAUUAUGGCAUCUACAUAUGGCUUUGGGACUAUAUAUGAUAUUGUUAUAUGAGAGAAUAAGAUCUACUACUGCUAGUUGA